AUGGAUUUUCCGGUGGCGGUGUUGUCAAGAAGUAGUAGAGUAAUGUUCCCUUUUCUGGUAUUUAUGCUGACCAUUUCAGUGAUGCACCCAUGGUUGUGCAUUGGUAAUUGCAAGGUUGAAGCAAUUCGAAUGCUACGAGACAGCGAAUGGGCAGACUACGAGAACAUGACCACCAUGAACGUCUACCACCAUAAGAAGAAGAUGGAGGAGAAGAAACACAAGUUCUUCAAUGGAAAAUCCUUUGGAUUUAAUGAAACCGAGAGAAGUUUUGAAGAGAUCAAACGGACAGUACCUGCUUGCCCCGAUCCUCUUCACAACAAGUAG